CAUGACAUUCUUUGGGUUUGUGAGAGUUCCAAUAAUCUAAUAAUGAUGUCUCUACGAGCUCUCUCCCCUCUCUUCCUAUCUUUCUUCCUCACCCUUUUCCCAAGCAAAGCCGAGCCUUCCGACCACCACCUUCAACCAAUCUGCCCCUCAAAUCCUCCGGCGGUCUCGGUCCCGGUGUUGCCCUACGACGUGGACCUGCUACAGUUCGCGCUGAACUUGGAACAUAUCGAGUGUGAUUGGUUCUUGUACGGUGCAUUUGGCUACGGGCUUGACGCCGUUGACCGAGAGCUCGCCAUGGGUGGACCACCUCCAAUAGGUGCCAUGAAAGCCAAUCUUGAUCACCUUACACAGCGCAUCAUUGAGGAGUUUGGCUAUCAAGAAGUUGGCCACUUGAGGGCCAUCAAAUCUACGGUUGGUGGGUUUCCAAGGCCUUUGAUAGAUCUAAGCGUACACAACUUCGCAAAGAUAAUGGAUGAUGCAUUUGGAUAUAAUCUGAACCCUCCAUUCAAUCCAUACAUCAACAGCCUCAACUACCUGCUGGCCUCCUAUAUAAUACCAUACAUGGGCCUCGUGGGCUACGUUGGUGCUAACCCAAACAUCGAGGGCUUCGUAUCAAAAAGGCUUUUAGCAGGCUUAUUAGCAGUUGAAGCCGGGCAAGAUGCAGUAAUAAGAGCUCUGCUCUAUGAGCGAGCCAAAGAGCUAGUCCCAACUUACAACAUCACAGUUGCUGAGUUUACCAUCCGCAUAUCGAACCUAAGAAAUGAACUGGCAAAGUGUGGGAUCAAAGAUGAAGGUCUCAUCGUCCCCGUCGAGCUAGGAGCAGAGAGCAGGAUAUGCAGUAACAUCAUAUCAGCCAACGAUAACUCGCUCGCUUACAGACGAACCCCUGCCGAGAUCCUCAGAGUUGUGUAUGGAACUGGCAAUGAGCACCAACCUGGUGGUUUCCUGCCCAAAGGAGGGAGUGGAAAAAUUGCCAGAGAACUUCUGCAGGGAGCUUAGGAGAAUUCUUGUAUCAUAUACUUGUGUAUCUUGUGACUCAUAAAGGGUUGGUUGAAUGAUAUGUAGAAACUAAAUUACACUUAUAGUUUCCUGUAUAAGAUAUCUUAUGAAGUUAAUCUUCUUUUACAUAGCUAAAGAAAAUCUUCCAGUUGCUCU